AUGGUGGGUUGUGUCGGGCUUCAUGAGAUGGGACUGGGAGGCCGCCCCAUCUGGCCGCAGCACACCACCCCUCCUUAUGCCGUCCAUCCCACUUCACAUUCAAGGUACCAUUUCUUGGACUCGUCUCCGCCAAUGAGCCACGGGAACCGCACAGACUCCCGCACAACCCUGAAUGGCGGGCAUCAGAGUCUUAAUAUGAGCCUCUAA